AUGAUUAAUUGUUUUAAAGGUAGAAUCAUUCAUUUGAUAUCUUUACUAUUAAUCUUUGUAUCAUUACUACUAACCCAAGACAAUAGUUGUAAUGGAACAGAAACAACAACAACAACAACUACUAGUAGUAAUAAUAAACAUAGCGAUUUAAAUCGAUGGUCAGAUAUCAAUACAUGGAGUAACAAGAGAUUACCAAUUGAUGGUGAUAAUGUGGUCAUAUCAACUUGUGUAUUACUAGAUAUAAACCCACCAUUUCUAUCAUCGUUGACAAUUGAUGGUGAAGAUGGUCUUUUUCAAUGUAAACAUACUACCCAUGGUUCAAGUUUACUUUAUGUUGGAUCAAUUGUAAUCACAAAUAAUGCUACUAUGAUUAUAUCUUCUUCUUCCUCUUCUUCUCCUGGAUCAACCUUUUAUUUAAAAUCAAGUGGUACUAUUACUAUUGAUAAUGGAGGUGAAUUGAUAAUUAGAGGACAACAACUACUAAAAAAACAGCCACGGAUAGGAUUAGAAAAGAGAAAUGUUGUUAUAUCAGGUCCAACCUUUCGAGUUGGAGGUAAAGGUGCAAAUAAUGGUGGAGGUGGUGGAAGACUAUCAAUAUCCAAUAGUAUUAUUCAUUCUUGUAAUGCUAUUAUUGCAGAAGAACAAACUAUAAAGUUAAAUGUCUUAAACAAUUUAAUCAUUUGUAAUCAUCAUCAAAAUAAUAAUAAUAUGACCAACAACAACAACAAUAAUACAACAUCAACAACCAUCAUUCAACUAAAUAAUAUUUCAUCAUCCAAUAUUAUUGGUAAUACUAUUAUAUUUAAUAACACCAAAAUCAAUAAUAAUAUUAAUAAUAAUGAAUCUACUACUUCUGCCAAUAUUACAUUUAUUGAAAUGAAAGGAGGUUAUAAUAAUAAUAUAUCAUUUAAUUAUUUAAAAUCAAAGUUGUCAUCAUCAUUAUCAUCAUCGUUUGAUAAUGACGUAGUGACGACUAUUGGAUUUAAAUUAUUAUUUAUAAAUCAAAAUGAUAAUAGUAAUGUAUUGAAUUCAUUUACAAAUAAUACAUCUAUUCAUAACAAAUAUGGAGUAGUUGUAGAUUAUUAUUCACCAAACAACCAACAACAACAAUUAUUUAUUGAACCAAUGACAUCAAUAGUACUAAGAGGACUAUUAUGUAUCUCAAACAAGAUUGGAGUAUGGUCUAAAAUUAGAAAUGUAUCAAUAUUGGAUUCAUCAUUUAUUCAUAAUGGAAUGGGUGUAUUAAUCAAAGGUGAUAUGCUUCUAAGUAAUCAUCUAUUCUCUACAUCAUCUCCUUCCAUCAUUCAAAUCAUAUCAAACUCUCGUUUUAUUGGAAGUCAUCAAGAAGAAGAAGAAGAUUCCCAUGCGAUAGAAUUAAUUGAUGGUACACUAUUAAUUGAUCAAUGCUCAUUUAAAUCAUUCAAAUAUCCAAUCACUUUUACUACAAAUGAUUUAACAAAGAUUAUUUAUUUAAAUGAUAUAGAUUAUAAAAAUAUUAUUCAUCCAAUUGAAUUUAAACAAAAUAAUCUAUUAACAGAGUAUGUAAAGGAUUUGGAUGGUAGUACUACAUCAAAAAAAGAUAGUAGUGGUAGUAGUAGAGAUAGAUCCAUACAACCAGUAGUAGAUAAAUACCAAUUUUUAAAGGAUAUACAAUCACAAACAGAUUCUACAACAAUUGUAAGAGACAUUGAAUUCUUUAGAGUUCUUCCUAUUUGUCAAUCAUUGGAAUGGUGGCCUGGAGUUUUAUUCUGUGAUAAUUCAUUCUCUUCAUUUAUUCAAUUCAAUGUAUUGGUACAUUUCGAACAACAAGAUAUAUCAAACAACAACAACAACAACAACACAAACAUUAAUGUGGAAGAAGAACAAUGUCAUUUGGAAAUGACAAUGGGAGAUGGUAAUGUGGUUGAUCUUGGUAGUGGAAUACCUUUUAAUUUGAAUGUUCCAAACAAUCAACAUUUUAAAAUGUUUCAAACUAUGGUACCUUCAGGUGUAGCAAUUCAAUUCUAUCCAACAAAUUUUAACAACCAACACGGUAAUAAUAAUAAUAAUAUUAAUAGUAUAAUGGUGAUAAAGAUACAACAAAUAUUUUGGGAUAAAGGAGAUUACCUUAAAUUUGAAUUACCAAUUAAUAGAUUCUUGAAUAAUAGUAAACCUAGGUCUAUUCAUAAAUUUAACUUUCAAACUCCUCCUCUUUCCUCAACAGUACCAACAACAACAAGUUUCAACAGUACUAGUCGUAAACAUGUACACUCAUCUUAUCCAGCCAAUUAUAUUAAUUUCUAUAGAUUAGAGGAAACUGCUUAUAUUUCAAUUUACCCCAAUCAACAAAACCACUCAAGAAAAUAA